CGUCUCCUCACAACCACUUUCUUAUCUUAAUCGCACCAACUAGCCAAAAUGGAGGAUGAGGUAGCUGCUCUCGUCAUUGACAAUGGUUCCGGCAUGUGCAAGGCUGGCUCUGCAGGCGAUGAUGCCCCUCGUGCCGUGUUCCCGUCCAUUGUCGGCCGUCCCCGUCACCAAGGUGUGAUGGUCGGUAUGGGUCAGAAGGACUCAUACGUUGGUGAUGAGGCCCAGUCGAAGCGUGGUGUCCUCACGCUCAAAUACCCCAUCGAGCACGGUAUUGUCACCAACUGGGACGACAUGGAGAAGAUUUGGCACCACACGUUCUACAACGAGCUCCGUGUCGCGCCAGAGGAGCACCCCGUCCUGCUCACGGAGGCGCCGCUCAACCCCAAGGCGAACCGUGAAAAGAUGACGCAGAUCAUGUUUGAGACCUUCAACGCUCCCGCGUUCUACGUCGCGAUUCAGGCCGUGCUCUCGCUCUACGCGUCUGGUCGUACGACUGGUAUUGUGCUCGACUCCGGUGACGGUGUCACACACACGGUGCCCAUCUACGAGGGUUUCUCGCUCCCGCACGCCAUCCUCCGUAUCGAUCUUGCCGGUCGCGACCUCACGGAGUUCCUCAUCAAGAACUUGACGGAGCGUGGGUACCAAUUCCACACGACUGCCGAGCGUGAAAUCGUCCGUGACAUCAAGGAGAAGCUGUGCUAUGUCGCGCUCGACUUCGAGCAGGAGCUCCAGACUGCCGCGCACUCGUCUGCCCUCGAGAAGAGCUACGAGCUGCCCGACGGUCAGGUCAUCACCAUCGGAAACGAGCGAUUCCGUGCUCCGGAGGCGCUCUUCCAGCCCGCAUUCCUCGGCCUUGAAGCUGCGGGUAUCCACGAGACUGCCUACAACUCCAUCUACAAGUGUGAUCUCGAUAUCCGUCGUGAUCUGUACGGUAACAUUGUCCUCUCCGGUGGUACCACCAUGUUCCCGGGUAUUGCGGACCGUAUGCAGAAGGAGCUGACCGCGCUCGCGCCGUCGAGCAUGAAGGUCAAGAUUGUUGCGCCCCCGGAGCGGAAGUACUCGGUCUGGAUCGGUGGCUCCAUCCUGGCUUCGCUGUCCACCUUCCAGAACCUCUGGUGCUCGAAGCAGGAGUACGACGAGUCUGGCCCUGGCAUUGUCCACCGCAAGUGCUUCUAAGCGUUGGGACGACGGAAGAAGGAAUAAUGAAUUUCAAUGUAGAUGCACUCUUUACGCUACGUUACGGCUUUCUCAUCCUCUGUCUGCUCUUUUCGCAAUGCCUAGUAUCUUUCUGCGCGUAAUGUGUCGUGACCGCGAAGUGACUACAAUAUAACAGUGGCGAGAAA